UAUAGUCUCAGUUCACCCUAAUCCCUCCGUCCCAAGCCGCCAUCGCCGUUCCGCCUUCCCAGCUCGUCGCCGCCGUAACGCAGUCAUCCCGCGCAGCGUCGCUUACCACGCAGCUUCCCCGUGUGACGCCGCCGCUCCUGACCUCUGAGAGAUCGCCGUCUCUGUUUCCACAGCCGCGACGAUGGCAGGGAAGAAGCGGAAGGAGAAUCCGACACGGCAACAGCACCAUAUCCCUCUAGGAGACGAGGAGCCCUUCAAGUCAAAGAAGCGCGCCGGCUCCCCCAAAAGCCACCAGACGGGAGACAAGUUGAUUUCCUCCGGCCUGAGUUCGAAAAUAUUGAAGGAAGCCCUCGGCCAGCAGAAGGAAAUCCUUAAGGAGGUUGAGGAAGAGAGCAGAGUUCCCCUCUCAGCCAUCGCGGUUGAUCCUUUGGCACGCUCGGAUAGCGAUGCUGAAGACAUUGAUGAAUUCGAUGGGUUCACUGAAACGCAGAGUCUGUAUGAUGGUGGUGAUGUGGAGAUUGACGAGGAAGAUGAGAAGGUUUUGGCCUCAUUCAUGUCCACCAACGCAGGACCACUACCAACGUUAGCGGAUAUAAUUAUCCAGAAAAUAAAAGAAAAGGAGGCUGAGACUACAUCUGAACGGCCACUCCCUAAAUUGGAUAGUAGCAUCAUCGAUCUGUACAAAGGGGUAGGGAAGCUGUUGAGCAGGUACACCAAUGGAAAGUUCCCAAAGGCCUUCAAACAUAUUCCAGCCAUCGAACUCUGGGAGGAUGUGCUAUACCUAACAGAACCAGAGAAUUGGUCUCCUAAUGCAAUGUAUCAAGCAACAAGACUAUUCUCUUCAAAUAUGAAUGCAAAGAAAGCUAGGCGCUUUUACAAUCUCGUUUUACUCCCACGAAUUAGAGAAGACAUCAGAAAGAAUAAGAGGCUGCACUUUGCUUUAUAUCAGUCUCUUAAAAAAUCCCUUUACAAGCCUGCUGCCUUCUUCAAGGGUUUUCUGCUACCACUUUGUCAGUCAGGAACUUGCUCUCUCCGGGAAGCUGUCAUUAUUGGGAGCGUAAUUUCUAAAGUAUCAAUUCCUCCACUUCAUUCCAGUGCAGCUCUCAUGAAGUUAGCAGAGCUCGAAUAUUGUGGCACCACUAGUUAUUUUAUCAAGUUAUUCUUGGACAAGAAGUACGCAAUGCCAUAUCAAGUGCUAGAUUCAGUCUUUGCACACUUCAUGAGAUUUCUCGAGGAUACCAGAGUAAUGCCUGUCAUAUGGCACCAAUCGCUUCUUACAUUUGUGCAAAGAUACAAAAAUGAAAUAAGUAAGGAGCAAAAGGAUGAUCUUCACCGUUUGCUUCAACACCAGAAACAUCAUUUGGUCACUCCUGAGAUCCGAAGGGAACUAAAGAACAGCCGGAAUCGUGGGGAGAAGGACGAUCCCAUGUCUAUAACUUCAUCUUUUUCUAUUAUCAAUAAUCCAAUCCAGGAAGAUAGAUGGGAUUUCCCAGAAGUUCCCAUGGAGGAGGAUUAGUUGCAGAUGCUUGAAACCCUAAUUGACCUUCAUAUCUUUCCUGCCAAGAGUCGAGCACCUGUUGCGAUUGCCUGAGAUAUGUAGCUCAUUAUUCAAGAAGGCCAGACCUACAGAAAAGCAAUAAUCUGGGUGGAGUCUAUUAUGUUUAUGUGCAAUUACGAGAUCAUUGUUUUUCUUUCUGUGCCCUAUGGAAUUUUUUUAUGUUGAAAGUGGGUCGCACCUUCAAAAACUAGUUAUUUAAGCCUUCUGUUCAAGUGUUCAACAAACUGAGAGGAGCUGCACUGACCUAAAGUUUAUUAUGGGGAAUGCUUUUAAAUCUUACAAAUAUUAUUCUGCUUUCCUAUCAUGGGAUUUAAUAGAAAUUGUAAAAGUGUGUUUCUGAAUAACAAUUUUCAAUUUUGACAGUAAAUUCCAGGUGUGCUUUGGUUUU